CUAUUUAUAGCAGAGGCGCCUUGGCGUCCCGAAGCCUCACGCAGUGGCCCGGGCCGCAGCGACAGGCGCCAUGGAGCGGCCGGCGCCCCUGGCCGUGCUGCCCUUCUCGGACCCCGCGCACGCCCUGAGCCUGCUGCGCGGCCUGAGCCAGCUCCGCGCCGAGCGCAAGUUCCUGGACGUGACCCUGGAGGCGGCGGGAGGGCGCGACUUCCCAGCUCACCGGGCCGUGCUGGCGGCCGCCAGCCCCUACUUCCGCGCCAUGUUCGCCGGGCAGCUGCGCGAGAGCCGCGCCGAGCGGGUGCGCCUGCACGGGGUGCCGCCCGACAUGCUGCAGCUGCUGCUCGACUUCAGCUACACGGGCCGCGUGGCGGUGAGCGGCGACAACGCCGAGCCGCUGCUGCGCGCCGCCGACCUGCUGCAGUUCCCGGCCGUGAAGGAGGCGUGCGGCGCCUUCCUGCAGCAGCAGCUCGACCUGGCCAACUGCCUGGACAUGCAGGACUUUGCCGAGGCCUUCAGCUGCGCGGGGCUGGCGAGCGCGGCGCAGCGCUUCAUCCUGCGCCACGUGGGCGAGCUGGGCCCGGAGCAGCUGGAGCGGCUGCCCCUGGCGCGCCUGCUGCGCUACCUACGCGACGACGGGCUCUGCGUGCCCAAGGAGGAGGCCGCCUACCAGCUGGCGCUGCGCUGGGUGCGCGCCGACCCGCCGCGCCGCGCCGCGCACUGGCCGCAGCUGCUGGAGGCCGUGCGCCUACCCUUCGUGCGCCGCUUCUACCUGCUGGCGCACGUGGAGGCCGAGCCUUUGGUGGCGCGCUGCCCGCCCUGCCUGCGACUACUGCGCGAGGCGCGCGACUUCCAGGCGGCGCGCUACGACCGCCACGACCGCGGGCCCUGCCCCCGCAUGCGGCCGCGCCCCUCCACCGGCCUGGCCGAGAUCCUGGUCCUCGUGGGCGGCUGCGACCAGGACUGCGACGAGCUGGUCACCGUCGACUGCUACAACCCACAGACUGGCCAGUGGCGCUACCUGGCCGAGUUCCCCGACCACCUAGGUGGGGGCUACAGCAUCGCAGCGCUGGGCAACGACAUCUACGUGACAGGCGGCUCCGAUGGCUCGCGGCUCUACGACGGCGUGUGGCGGUACAACUCGAGCGUGAACGAGUGGACGGAGGUGGCGCCCAUGCUGAAGGCUCGCGAGUACCACAGCUCCUCCGUGCUGGACGGGCUGCUCUACGUGGUGGCCGCGGACAGUACGGAGCGCUACGACCACACCUCCGACUCCUGGGAGGCCCUGCGGCCCAUGGCCUACCCCAUGGACAACUGCUCCACCACCGCCUGCCGCGGCCGGCUCUACGCCAUCGGCUCGCUGGCCGGCAAGGAGGCCAUGGUGAUGCAGUGCUACCACCCCGACACGGACCUGUGGUCCCUGGUGGACUGCGGCCAGCUGCCACCGUGGUCCUUCGCCCCCAAGACCGUCACCCUGAACGGACUCAUGUACUUCGUCAGGGACGACUCCGCCGAGGUGGACGUGUACAACCCGGUGAAGAACGAGUGGGACAAGAUCCCAGCUAUGAAUCAGGUGCACGUCGGGGGCAGCCUGGCUGUCCUGGGAGGGAAGCUGUACGUGUCCGGCGGGUACGACAACACAUUUGAGCUCUCGGAUGUGGUGGAGGCCUAUGACCCCGAGACGCGGGCGUGGAGCGUGGUGGGGAGGCUCCCGGAGCCCACCUUCUGGCACGGCAGCGUCAGCAUCUUCCGCCAGUUCAUGCCCCAGGCACCCCUGGGCGGGCGCGGCUUUGAGCUGGACACCGGUGGCGGUGAUGUGAACUCAGGCUGGCCACGGCAGCAGCAGCAGCUGGAUGAGCUGCACUAGCCCCGGCCUGGCCCAGGACAAGCCUCGGUGCAGGUAACCUGGCACCGCUGGGGCGGGGAGGCAGUGACCUUGUGGGCUCCAUGACCCAGAAAGUUUCCGUGCAUUUGGAGCUGGGAGUCCCGGCUGCUGGAACUCAAGCCCUUGGCAGAAGAAGGGCACGGGUCACCCCCAACCUGUGGGGCCCCAGCUCGCCAAUGCAGCACACACCCCUCUUGCUGCUGCCACCUGCUCCCACCUCUAGGGGAACCAGGGGCGGGGAGGGUUCCCCCGUGAGAGGCCUGAGGGGGUUCUGGGCCUGCCUUCCCGCAGGUUCUCAGCCAUCUGCACCCGUCUGGGCCUGGAGCAUUGGGGAUCAAGUGAGGCUGGCUGCUGUGGGGCCCCAAACGCCAUGUCCUCUGCAGACCCUCAGUGGGCCAGCCUCCCAGAAGGGGGGUGUCUCACAGCAAUGCACCUCUUGGGGCUGGGGCUCCUGGAGGUGACCUCAGGCCCCAAGGUGCAUGUAGCAGGACUUUGAAAAUGGGUGUGACCCCAAGGAGGCCCCCGGGGGCCUGCUGAGCGUCCCGUCUCCCAAGGACCCAGGCAGUGAGAGGCCAGAGCCCCAACACAAGGCCCGGGGAGCCCCUGGUUCACACUCGGCCACGCAGACCCUGCAGGUGUUGGAGGGGGUGGGUGUGCCCCACCCCUGCGCCCUGGCCGUGCCUGCCAGCGGAGAAUCCCGGUGCUGCCAGGGGAGCCCUGGGCAGCGGUGCCUCGGGGAGCUCCAGGGUUUGGGGUGCCUGCAGCUUGAGCCUUCCUUCCGACAAGUGAGGGAAAGCGAAGAAACGGGUGGGUUUGUUUGACUUUUAAGUCUGUUUAAAAAGCGCCGUUGCCAAAGCUUUCUGCCAGGUGGGGGGAUUUAAGGUUUCUUGGAAGCGCAAGGCCAGCUCCAGAAGCAGCAGCAGCCCCGGAGAACGGAGGCUCAGGGAGCCCCGAGUUUCUCUAGGAAGCUGGAAGGUCUCUGUGGUCCCUCUUGCCACCUCAAGUAGCCUUUGACCGAAUCCAUCUUUCCCUUCCCAGAGAGGACAUCUGGGCUGUUUCUCUUAUUAGAAAAAUUGAAAUUCAUUGAUUUGCCUUUUCCCAGUGACAUAGCUUUCAGAGAUGUGUUCUCACCAGGAGAAGUAAUAGUCGUAGGAUCAUUACUCAAGAAAUUGCACUUGAAGCCCUUUUGAUGGCAAGAUGGCACACACUGGUCUCCGGGGACAGCCUUGCUGCCUUCAUGCAGCCCCGGCAUCAGUGGGCUUGGGGUGGCUGCACUUUGGCGUCUCACUGCCAUUUCGCUGUCAUGGGGUUCGACCAUCUUGCUCCAGGAGCCUGUGGAGCUUACGUCAACCCCCAGUCAUUACUAAGCGCCUACUGUGUACUGCACACAGUUGGGAGGACCGGGUGGGGGUUGUGCAGGGAGGAAGGCGUGUGCCCGGCCUGUGGGGGCUUCCUGUCUGGGGGCCUGCAGGGGCAUCUCAGCUGGCCAGGCCUGGCCUGUGGACUUGGGAGCAGUGGGGAAAUGUGGACCUGGGCUUCUCGGAUUGGGGGUACCCCUGGCAGUUGGUUAAAUUUGGGUCCUCAGGGCUGGAUGAGGGGCUCCCCAGGACCCCCCUUCACCCCUCUUGGUCCUAGUGUGUACUGCGGGGUGAGUGAGGCAGCCCCCCAGCUGGGGUCCCAGCCCUGGAUGGUUCCUCCCUGUGGCCCCCGCUUCCCAGCAGAGGGGGCAGCCACCGCACCGGGCUCCUCUGCAGGCACAAGGCCCUGGCCUUCCGCCUGACGGUGGCUCUUUUCUAGCCACGGGAGCCGCAGGGCCAGGGCGGCCACCACCCAGCACCACCCUUUCCACCCUGCGGGGGGAAGGAGGGUGCAGGUGUACAGGGUGGAGCGAGCCCUCACUGUACACCGGGCACAGCUCAGCCCAGAGGCCUUGGCCCCUCACCCGGGGCCCCAGGCCUGUCUCCUUGGGGCCCUUGGAGCCAGGAAGGCAGAGUGGGGGGUCGUUGGACACGAGUCACAGAAGCUCUUCCCACCUCCCAGGAUACCAGGCUGCAGCUAGCAAGGUCAAGGGCAGUCCCAGGGCAGCAGCUCGCGGGGAGAGGCAUGCAGUAAAGCUCUUUAGUUGGGGCAGGGUGUCUCCUGCAGACACUUUCCUGCUGUCACAUUUUCCUGUCGAGACAGCCUUUCUGUUUCUAGCCCUCUGCAGCGGUGACCACCAGGCCCAGGGCUGGAGCUCAGCCUGCUCACCGCUUCCAGUGCGGGUUCAGGGCCUUUGUGCAGCCUUCCUUCCGCAGGCCCCACUGGGCAGCCGGCGUCCUGGUCCCUGCCCUUUUCCUCCUUACCCCUUCCCCAUGACUGACAGCCACCGGGUCCCACUCUUGGUGGCUUCUGUCAUCAGCUGGUUUGGGUGUGGCCCAGCAGAGGAGGAAGAGGGGUGGGUCUGUGUCCCUCUGACAGCCACCCUCCAGGACUCCCCACGCCCCACUACCAGCACCCCGACUUUGGGUUUGAAAGACCAGUGAUGGAGAAGGGGGGAGGUGCCGGCAGCCUCGGGGACAGCCGCUCCGGCCAGCCAGCAGACCCCUUCCCGCGGGUGGUGCGGGGUUGGGGUGGCCCUGCAGGAGCCUGCCGUCCCUAACCCUCCCCUGCUCGUUCCCCCAGCCGGCGUCCCCACACCAGCCUCGGGACGGGUGCUGGCUGGGCCACAGGUUACGACGUUCAGAGACUAGUAUUUGACGCUAAUCUAGAGUGUCCUGUUUUGUGAUUUCCUAGUAAAGGACACCCCCUUUCACGUACAACAUCAAGUUGCGCCCCAGUGUGGGGCAGGUUUGCCAUAUUUAUUUGUUUAUUUUGUAAGCUUUCAUGUCCAGAAUCUUGUUUAAGCUUUUAGGAUGGCUUUAAUACUUUUUGAAAUAAAAACUUUUCUUAGACAUUGGA